CAGUCUCCAAAAACUGAGUUCCUCUUCCAAAGUUAGCCGCUUAUGUGGGAAUUAUGGAUCAGAAAAUUUCAAUGAAAUGCGAAAAAAAUACAAAGAGAUGAUAUCAACUCUUCCCAAACGAAUGCCUCAUCAUCCUCUUUAUGAUUUCUAUCAAUAUGAAGACUUUUGGUACUAUUCAAGCUAUUUAGAAGCAGCUUUAUGUAUGCAACAAAGCUUCAAUCCUCAACCCUCUGAUAUUUUCCUAUGUAGUGCUCCAAAAACAGAUUUGAAGGAGGACACGUUGGGUUAUGUGAAAAAGUUGGCCGAAUUCAUGGACAAACCCUUCUCUAAGGAGGAACAAGAUCUAGGUGUGCCUCAAGAAAUUGUGGCACGUUGUGACUUCGAAAGUUUGAGUAAUUUAGAGGUGAAUAAGAGUGGGAUGCAUCGACCAGAAACUACUCAAGAAAUUAGUAAUACUGUAUUUUUCUGUAAAGGAGAAAUUGGUGAUUGGAAAAAUUAUUUGACGGAGGAUAUGGCAAAGUUAAUUGAUGACAUAACCCACGACAAAUUCCAAUCUUCGGGCUUGACAUUCACUUCUUCGGCAUGCAAUUAAGAGGCCGUCAACGUACACCAAAUAAUAAGAAAGAAGCACAUUUCAUC